AUGGACCGUCUGAUCCGGCUGCUGCUCGGCUUCAUCACCGUGUUCCCGCUGCAGAGCCAAGCAGCACCCAAAGUGGUGAAUAUCGGCGCGGUCCUGAGCACCAAGAAGACGGAGAAUAUCUUCAGGGAGGCGGUGGCGCAGGCGAACCGGAAGCACGGAACCUACAAAAUCCAACUCAAUGCCACAGCGGUCACUCACAAACCCAAUGCUAUCCAGAUGGCCCUGGCAGUGUGUGAGGACCUGAUCAGCAGUCAGGUGUAUGCGAUAUUGGUGAGUCACCCACCUGGUCCAAGUGACCACCUCACCCCUACCCCUGUGUCUUACACAGCUGGCUUCUAUCGAAUUCCUGUCAUUGGCUUGACCACACGCAUGUCAAUAUAUUCAGAUAAGAGUAUCCAUCUGUCUUUUCUCCGCACUGUGCCACCGUACUCCCAUCAAGCGCAUGUCUGGUUUGAAAUGAUGAGGCGUUUCCGUUGGGGACACAUCAUUCUGGUGGUUAGUAAUGACCAUGAGGGCCGGGCAGCACAGAAGAAGCUGGAGACGCUCCUGGAAGAAAAGGAAUCAAAGAAUAAAAAAAGGAACUUUGAAAACAGCGACCAACAUUCGUAUGACAGCAGGCGAGGACCAAAGGCUGAGAAGGUCCUACAGUUUGAACCAGGCACCACAAACAUGACAUCAAUGCUGCUGGAAGCCAAGGAGUUGGAGGCCAGAGUCAUCAUCCUAUCAGCCAGCGAAGAUGAUGCUGUAACAAUGUACAAGACAGCAACCCUCCUGAAUAUGACUGGGUCUGGCUAUGUUUGGCUUGUUGGGGAAAGAGAGAUAUCUGGCAGGGCCAUGCAGCAUGUUCCAGAAGGUGUAAUUGGUUUGCAACUGAUCGAUGGUAAAAAUGAAACAGCCCACAUUAAUGAUGCUGUGGGUAUUGUGUCACAAUCCAUUCACGAGCUCUUUGAGAAGGAAAACAUCACUGACCCCCCGAAAGGUUGUGUGGGGCACACUAACAUCUGGAAAACUGGGCCACUCUUUAAAAGGGUUCUGCUGUCCACCAAGUAUCGUGAAGGGUUCACUGGACAAGUGGAAUUUAAUGAUGAAGGGGAUCGAAAAUUUUCUAACUACAGCAUUGUCAAUGUGCAAAAAGGGAAGCUGGUGCAGAUUGGAGUGUACAAUGGGACUGAUGUUCUGCUGAAUGAUAAGAAAAUCAUCUGGCCAGGAGGCGAACUAAAUACACCUAAAGGCUUUCAGAUGUCAACUAAAUUGAAGAUUGUCAGUAUUUACCAGGAGCCUUUUGUAUAUGUGAAGCCAACACUACCAGAUGGAACAUGUGAGGAAGAGUAUACAAUUAGCGGGGACCCCAUUAAAAAAGUGAUCUGCACAGGACCAAAUGCAACUGUGCCAGGUCGUCCCAUUGUCCCUCAGUGCUGCUAUGGAUUCUGUAUUGAUUUGCUGAUCAAGCUUGCGAGCACUCCGACACUGAACUUUACCUAUGAGGUUCACCUGGUCCACGAUGGGAAAUUUGGGACACAAGAAAGAGUGAAUAACAGCAAUAAGAAGGAAUGGAACGGGAUGAUGGGCGAACUGUUGAGUGGGCUUGGUGAUAUGAUCGUUGCCCCUCUAACCAUCAAUAAUGAACGUGCCCAGUAUAUUGAAUUCUCCAAACCCUACAAGUACCAAGGACUCACCAUUCUAGUGAAGAAGGAAAUACCUCGCAGUACCCUGGAUUCAUUCAUGCAGCCAUUUCAGAGUACACUAUGGUUGCUGGUGGGUCUGUCUGUUCAUGUGGUAGCUGUGAUGCUUUAUCUCCUGGAUAGAUUCAGUCCGUUUGGGCGAUUUAAAGUGAACAGUGAGGAGGAAGAGGAAGAUGCACUGACCCUGUCCUCAGCCAUGUGGUUCUCCUGGGGUGUCCUGCUGAACUCUGGAAUUGGAGAAGGCGCUCCAAGGAGUUUCUCUGCUCGAAUCUUGGGCAUGGUUUGGGCUGGAUUUGCCAUGAUUAUUGUUGCUUCAUACACAGCCAACCUGGCAGCUUUUCUGGUGUUGGACAGACCCGAGGAGCGGAUCACUGGAAUCAACGAUCCCAGGCUUCGAAAUCCUUCCGAUAAGUUUAUCUAUGCUACAGUGAAGCAGAGCUCUGUGGAUAUUUACUUUCGUAGGCAGGUAGAACUGAGCACCAUGUACCGGCACAUGGAGAAACACAAUUAUGAGAAUGCAGCUGAUGCUAUCCAGGCUGUGCGAGAUGGAAAACUGCAUGCAUUUAUCUGGGACUCGGCUGUGCUGGAGUUCGAAGCAUCCCAGAAGUGUGAUCUCAUCACCACAGGCGAACUGUUUUUCCGAUCGGGUUUUGGGAUUGGAAUGCGGAAGGACAGUCCAUGGAAGCAGGCUGUGUCACUUGCUAUAUUGAGUUUCCAUGAAAACGGCUUUAUGGAGGACUUGGACAAGACCUGGGUGAGAUAUCAGGAGUGUGACUCACGUAGCAAUGCUCCAGCCACUCUGACCUUUGAAAACAUGGCAGCGGUUGAGGUGUUGAUUUCCAGGAUAGCCUCUGGAGUGACCAUUUUGGAUACAGAACUAGAAAUCCUAGUGGAGGAAGUUACCAUGAGGAAGGAUGUACUCAAGUGCCAGAGUAGGAAGGCUUGCCAGCAAGUGGACACAGGGGUGGAACAUCAGCUCCAAGAGCAUUCUCCAACAACGUGGUUGCAAUGCAGAAAGUUCAGUUAUCUGGGCAAGAUUGCCAAGGAUAGAAAAAGUGGUAGCGCAGAGCCUGACCCUAAAAAGAAAGCACCUUUUAGAUCGCUCACUUCAACACUGACCUCCAGCUUCAAGAGACGUAGGUCUUCCAAAGACACGCAAUACCAUCCUGAUAUAAGUGGGCAACUGAACCUCUCAGACCCUUCUGUCAGCACAGUGGUGUGA